AAAAAUGUUAGUCCAAAAGAUAAUGCGAGAAGCACUACUAGAAAUAGGCAAAAUAGCGACGGUUUACUUCCGACGGACGGUUUUUCCGUCGCAAAAUUCAAAAAUUACGACGGAUUUUUUUCCCUCACAACUUUACGACGGAUUUAAAUAUCUACGACAAAAAAAUGAAAAUUACGAGGGAAAAAAAUUAUGUCCCAAGAUUAUACGUUUUUUAAAAAAUACCCAAAUUGGACUAAACCUAAAAAAUCGAAUUGGAAACAGAAGAAAGAGAAGGAGAGAGAAAGAGAGAGGGAAAGAGAAAAAGGGGCAUCCGUCGCCGGCCGUCCCGAUUCUGGCGCCGGUCUUCACCAAUCUGCCGCCGACGAAGACCAAAACAAAAGGAGGACGAAAAGGAGAAAGAGGACGAAAAGGAGAAAGCGAAAGAGGACGAAAAGGAGAAAGAGAAAGAGGUCGAGCCUCCGUUUUCCGGCGACCCUCCGUUGACGCUUCCGGUUGUUGCCGGCGCCGCGUCUAGGUAAGUUGUUUUUGUUUUUUGUUGUUGUUUUUUUUUUUUAUUCGGUUUUUUUUACAACACAUUCAAAUCUGCAGCCUUCCUUGACACCACAACCGCAGCCUCCCUCGACCACCGCAGCCUCCGGCCUCCUCCUUUCCCUCGGCGUGGCUGAAGCAGUUGGUAAGUUGUCCUUUCCUCAAUUUUUUUUUAAUUUUUUUUAAUAAUAAACUCUUAUUUAUUUAAUUUAAUUAUUUUUUUAAAAUAUUUUGUAUGUAGGAUUUGUACAAUUUGUCAAAAAACAAGUGCAGAUCUAAAGGUGGUCAUCAUGGGAGGAGGAAAUAAAGGAGAAACGUCCAAGAGGAGAAAGUCUAAGGGGAAAUCUCCGGUUGUACGUGUUGACGAGGAUGAGUCAAUGGAGGAAGCAGAGGCACAUGAUUUGGGGGCCUCUCAAGAAAUCGUCAGAAAUGUACAAGGGCAACAGGAGCAACAACAACUUCAGGAACAAGAGCUACAGGACCCGCAUCCUAAUGACUUGCUAAAGUUGGACCCUUCCACACUUUGGUUUGAUGAUAGGCUGGUGAAGAAUGUGCUCUUCGACUCGCUAACCGGCUACUAUGUUCAGCCUUGGAGGAAUUAUGGAGAAGUUGAUGAAGAUUCUAGAGAGCACUUUUGGAACUUGCUCAACAAAAAAUUCAAGUGGGCACCUGAGUUAAACAACCAAGUGAAGGACACUUUCGAAGAAAAGUUUGCAAAUCGCCUACGUGACACAUUCUACAACAUCACACACAGAAUGAAUGGUCGCAAACCAAGAUGGCUUAAUAAGGAUGUCCACGAAGGCAUGAUGAAAAUUGUUGCCACCGAUCCAAAAUAUCAGAAGCGGUCGGAACAAAAUAAGAAGAACCAAAGAGGCGGGUCCAUGGAAAAUGUCGUUGAACCGACCCACAUUCAAGGUUCAAUGUCAUCUGUACAACAUGAUAAAAAGAUGGCUGCAAAAAACCAAGGCCAAUUACCAAAUGCCCAUGAUCUAUUCUUGAAGACACACUUCAAGGAAGUGCCUGGUAAAGGCCAAGUGGCUGCCAACAACAAAGCAAAAAGGAUUGCGGACACCUACCAUAAGAAGCUCGAAGAAACAAUGAGUCAGGGGAUUCAGAAGAGUCCCAAUGAGUUGUAUUGGGAGUCGGUGAGUGGGCGCAAUAAGAAGGGGCGUGUGAAGGGACUUGGCCAAAGUGCAGAGAUCUACUAUGGAAAACAUGGUCGAGGUUCCCGUUCUUCACAGCAAUACACGCCGUCUGUCAUUUCUCAAAUGCAAGACCAGAUGGAACACAGGGUGCAAACUCUUCAAACUCAAAUGGAAGCCCGAAUGGCUGAAAUGGAGAGGAGAUACAAGGAGAGUUUCGAUGAGAUGAUGAGUCGUCUCAACAACAACGACUCAUGUUCCACCAUUCAUCCUCAGCAUCGAGACCCUAGGAACGACCCGGGUGGUGGUGGAGCAGGCCAGGGUUUCCAGGCGAUUCCGUAGCUUAGCUUUAGUCUAGCAUAGAAUCACUCUAACCUAGCUUUCGUUUGGUAUAGAUACCAAAAUAUGGACUAUCUUUUGUACUAGGACAUAAUUAUUAUAUAUAUAUGUACAUAACCCUAAUUUCGUAGGUCGGUAAU